AUGGUGGUGUCCCCUUGCCGGAAGGAGGAGCGGGUGGCGCGAGUCCUCAAGUUGGUAGAUGGAGACGGCAGAGUGAUCGUCGUGAAGCCCGUGAUGCUGGUGGCCCUCAAGGUGCAGGACACGCAGCGGCGCGUCGUCAAGCGCACCAUGCGGAGGACCGACAAGCUGCAGGGCCUCAUGGACUACUACAGUACUACUACGACGUGGUGUGCUCUGCCGGUGCCGCCACGCGCGGCGCUGGGCUCGGGGCGCUUCGUGUUCGAUAGCAAGCGGCUGAAAGGUGAGAGCACGCCGGAGGACCUCGGCAUGGUGAACGGGGACAAGAUCGACUUCUUCGAGGAUCUGAUGUCUGGCCGGUCCGCUUUAAUUUCCUAA